GCUUAGAAUUCGGACUACAGGGUUAGACUCAGAGUGAAAGGAGGCAGAUAGAGGGUCCACAGGCCUAGUGCAGAUCACAGAGCCAGCCAGAUCUGAGAAGCAGGCAACAAGAUGCUGGAUUGCAGAGCGGUAAUACUGCUAUGGUUGUUGCCCUGGGCCACUCAGGGCCUGGCUGUGCCUAGGAGUAGCAGUCCUGACUGGGCUCAGUGCCAGCAGCUCUCUCGGAAUCUCUGCACACUAGCCUGGAGCGCACAUGCACCAGUGGGACAUAUGGAUCUACUAAGAGAAGAAGAAGAUGAAGAGACUAAAAACAAUGUGCCCCGUAUCCAGUGUGGAGAUGGCUGUGAUCCCCAAGGACUCAAGGACAACAGCCAGUUCUGCUUGCAAAGGAUCCGCCAAGGUCUGGUUUUUUAUAAGCACCUGCUGAACUCAGACAUCUUCACGGGGGAGCCUGCUCUACUCCCUGAUAACUCUGUGGAACAGCUUCAUACCUCCCUAAUGGGCCUCAGCCAACUCCUCCAGCCAGAGGAUCGCCACUGGGAAACUCAACAGAUGCCUAGCCUGAGUCCCAGCCAGCAGUGGCAGCGCCCCCUUCUCCGUUCCAAGAUCCUUCGAAGCCUCCAGGCUUUUGUGGCCAUAGCUGCCCGGGUCUUUGCCCACGGAGCAGCCACUCUGACUGAGCCCUUAGUGCCAACAGCUUAAGGAUGGCGCCUAGGUUCCCAUGGCUACAACCAUAAGACUAAUCUAUCAACCCAGACAUCUACAAGCUAAUUAACCCAUUAGGAAGUGUUCCUGUUUUGUUCGUUUUGUGUGAAGGGCAAGGGCACCAUUAUUAAAGAGAAAACCACCCCCGCCGCCCCCCCCCCCCCCCCCGCCCCAGCAGGCAGCUCACUAGAGGAAGGAGAGGGAGAAGAGGAACGAAGUCAUCCAUCCCUUGGCCUUGGAAGCUGGCAAGCUUGGCCAAAGGGGAAGGGGGAGGUGGUAUUAGAGAAACUGUGAGAAAGCCCAGAGCAUCAGAAAUAGUGAGCCCAGGCUUUGGCCAGUAAGAAAAACAAGAUAAAGGGAACGUUAUACUUUUCUGAGUGACUCAGGGAAAUGUGCAGACUCACAGUGCUCCAGACAGAAGCUUGGUAACUGCCUGCUUAGUCUCUCAGUUCUAACAGAAUCUAGUCUCUAAAAACUAACAGAACUACCAAUACAGACUGACAUGUGAUGCCGACCUGUGACAAAGCUGCAUAUUUAUUAAGUGGGAAGGGAAAUUUUGAUAUUAUUUAUCCUUGUAACAGUUUAGAGGAUUGUUAUUUAUUCUAUUUAUAAAGAAUUAUGUAUUUUUUUCAAUAAAGAUUUAUUUAUGUGGCU